AAUAUACUUCCCAGUAAUGUGGCAUGUAGCUCUAAAGUAGCUCUAAGUUAUUUUCUCAUGAAAUAAAACAGAAGUGAAGAGCAGGAAUGUAAGAGUGGAACAGGACAGUUUCCCAGUAAAAGAGACUCCUCCUACUAGUAUGUAAUGAACUCUUAGCUAAUGCAUUUCAGACAUAUUCCUAUCUCAUUCAUAACGUAUCUCUAAGUCAUAAGGACCCAGAGGAAGAAGCAGUGGGAACCAGCCAGAAACACGAUCCACCACCAUCAUGAUUUCCAAGGCCGUAAAAUCCAUGUUGAAGGAAGUAGAUUCUAACGGUAGCCUGAUUCCUGUGUCCAGUCUGAACGACAGCUCUGGUAAACUGAAUCUCCUCUCACUCAUUGUGAAGACCAGGCCCAGAUGUGGAUGCUUCUGGCAGGAACCCAAAUACCAGUCCAGAGGCUUUUCCCUGAGUGAUGUGCUGAAACCCGGAGAACCUGAAGACGAACCUUUAAACCCAGAUGUCAAGGAGUCUGACUUCGUGGACCACAGUGGGACAUUUGGUGACAUAGAAGAAAUGAAGGCAGGAGGAAAUGUGGAGGGAUUGUUGGCUGAUUUAAAACUUAACGUGGCCUUAAAAUACUCUAACGAACAAGAGUCGUCCUUUGGCAGACUGAAGAAAGAGGAGGUGAAAGUUAAGGAGGUGGUUAACUACUCGAAAGACAAACGCCUGGACAUGACCCACCCUGUGAUCAAGCAGACCCGGGAGAAGCCCAGGGCAAUAUUAGGGGUGUUGACGGAGAGGAUUAUGACAUCACAACCUUGCCAGGUCACAAACAAAGUCCGGAAGCGUGGCAAUGCAGGAGCCAACAUGAGUGCCCUGAGCGUGAAGGACUCUAUGAAGCAGAGUGGCAGUACUCAGACAGAUAGUGAUGUGUCGCUGAAGAUUCCUGAAUAUACUGUCGUGGCCUUCAGUCUGAUUGAACUCUACGUCAAAUGCAAUGGACAGUUUGAGCUGUGCCUCUUCUCCAACAAUGGGGGCUUUGAAAAGGUUACAUCAAAGGAUGACAUUGAAGCGGAUGGAAUUAUGGACCUGGGAGGUGACUUUGAUGCCAACAGCCCCUUAAAUCUGAACAAAGAACUGGAGAAACUGAGUCGUCAUUUCCAGCUGCUGUCAGUCCUGCCGGCAGCCAAACGGUCCUCUCUGCUCCAGCUCCUCAAGACAACCAUGGAGGACAGAGAGACAGUCAGUGUGCUGGAGAGUGUGCUGGAACAGUUGUGUGAAGGUGAGACUUCUGACCUGGGUGACCUGGAAGAGUCUGAGAGGGAAACAGUCCAGGCCAUACUGGAUCUUGUAGACCAAUGUGUUGGGAAGGAUGAGGACGUGAUCAGAUCCUCACUUCUCAGUGCCGUCCACCUCAUUGUCAGUGCCAUGGACGGAAUGACAGAUGAGGGUCUCUCUGUGUUGGGAUCCUGUUGCAGUCCUCCAGUCUUACAGGCCUUACAGAUCCUGGUGCAGCAUGUGGCAGCAGGGAGUGGGGAGACCCUCUCUCUGAGAGAUGCAGGUCUGGCUGUUCUGACUGAGGAGGAGCUGUAUCAGAGGACAGAGAGUCUCUUUGCCCUCUCCAAUGUAGAACUUGCAAGAUUGAAUGAGGACGCAGAAUUCACAGUGACUUCAGUUAUGUGUCCUGGACACCUUCUUCUUGUCAUGAGUAUCGCUGUGAAUGGCCUGGCCUCUUUAGGAUAGAUUGAGCCGAAUAGAAACAUUCCUUGUGCUACAAAGUGGAUAUAUGAACUGCACCGCCAGGUAAGAAUUUCAGAAAUGUCACAUUAGAUAACAUAUUGUUGAUGAUUGCAAAGAGACUGAGAGCAGGAGUAAAACAUAUCAAAAACAAGAUAAUGCACAUGUGUGAAGAAAAAUGUACAAAAUAAUAUUCCCACUACUGUACAUUAAUUAAUGACACAUUCCUACGUCAUAUUUCCGUGUUAAUGGCUUUUCAUCAAAACGCAGUUGUAUUUACUUCUGCCAGAUGCCUUUAAUGAAGUUUUUGCCCAUUGAAGACCAUUCAAAAAGUGUACAAAAUUCAAAAACAACAAGGCUAUUUUCAGAGUCACUUGCAUAGCUUAUUGUUGUUAUAAUGCUUUUUUAAUGUAUUGUUAGGAAGCCCAUAACGUUAUGUCUAGGGGUCCAAGGUCUAGUUACAUGAUCUGUAACCUGACUCAUUAUGUCUAGGGGUCCAAGGUCUAAUUACAUGGUAUGUAACCUGACUCGUUAUGUCUAGGGGUCCUAGGUCUAAUUACAUGGUAUGUAACCUGACUCGUUAUGUCUAGGGGUCCUAGGCCUAAUUACAUGGUAUGUAACCUGACUCGUUAUGUCUAGGGGUCCUAGGCCCUAAUUACAUGGUAUGUAACCUGACUCG